AUGGCUUGCCAUGGUAAGCAGCUUGGUAUACCAAUUACAUGUGUGCUGCCACGCUUCAUACCACUGUCGACAAUUUCACUUUGCAAGGAUUUUGGAGCUAAAGUUGUGGUUCAGGGAAUAAACAAUACGGAAUCAAGAAAAGUUGCACUUGAACUUGCUCAGAAAAGUGGUGGAGAAUUUAUUGAUGGACAUGAUCACAUUGAUAUUAUUGCCGGAGCUGGCACCAUUGCACUGGAGAUUUUUGAAGACGUCAAAGAUGUCGAUGUUAUUGUCGUUCCCGUAGGCGGUGGGGGUCUCCUGGCUGGAAUCACAGCAGCAGUGAGAGAACUAUCUCCUAAAACGCGUGUUAUAGGUGUGGAGUCGAAAGCCUCUCAUUGUUUUAGCGAGGCCCUCAAAAAUGGAAAACCAGUCAAUGUACAGACACGAACAUCACUAUCUCCUUCACUUGCAAUGUCAAGAUUUGGCUACAAUUCUUUCAAUAUCAUCAAAGGAACUCCCACUGAAGUUGCCAAAAUCAAAGAAAUGGAUCUAGCUCGAGCUAUUCUGAUAAUGCUGGAAAACCAUAAGUUUGCGGUAGAAGGAGCAGGAGCAUUAGCGCCAGCUGCCGUGAUGACUGGCCAAGUCGAGGACAUUCAAGGAAAAAAGGUGGUGUGCGUCAUAAGUGGUGGUAAUGUGGAUAGCACAAUGUUGGGGCAGAGCAUAGAUAAAGGUCUAAUUGCGGAUGAUCGUCUUGCGCUGGUAGAAGUAUUUUUGCCUGAUCGACCAGGUGGUCUCUGCGAGCUGCUCGAGCUCACUUCAAGUACCGGAGCUAAGACUAAGCAUAUCUAUAUGGAGCACGUUUUCCACAAAUUUGAUAUAUUCACUGUCAAAAUGAAGCUCGAAGUUGUGACUAGUGGAAUGCAGCAUUCUGAAGAAUUGAGAAAGAUUCUUGAACAAAGAUAUGGAGACGAUCUUUCCUUCCAUAUGAGAAAAAUGCGUGCAGUAUGA